AUGAGGGUCAACAAGAAAGCCAUUAUCAAAUUUAGCAUAGGCAAGUACCAAGAUGAGAUUUUUUGUGAUGUGGUACCCAUGCAAGCUUGCCAUCUAUUGCUUGGAAGACCUUGGCAAUUUGAUGUUGAUGCCCAACAUCGUGGGAGAACUAACAAGUACUCAUUUGUGGUCAAGGGGAAGAAGUACAUUCUUAACCCAUUAACCCCUUACCAAGUGAGUGAGGAUUAUAGAGUGAUGAGGGAGCUUCGAGAGAAGUAUCAAAGGGAAGAAAAGAGGAAGAGUGAGAAGGAGACUUUGUUGGUCAUAAGUGGAGAAGGAACAUCUCAAGAUGGUUCCAAGAAAUAUUUGUUGGCCAAACCAACCUUGUUCUCGGAGGAAAUGCCCGAUGGCUUACCUCCCUUGAGAGGUAUUGAGCACCAAAUCGACUUUGUACCGGGUUCCCAAAUUCCCAACAAACCGGCUUAUAGGAGCAACCCGGAAGAAACAAAAGAAUUGCAAAGGCAAGUGGAUGAACUUCUUAAAAAGGGGCUAGUGAAGGAGAGUCUUAGCCCUUGUGCCGUUCCGGUGAUUCUUGUCCCAAAGAAAGAUGGCACUUGGAAGAUGUGCAUUGAUUGUAGGGCCGUCAACAAAAUCACGGUAAAGUAUCGCCAUCCCAUUCUGACGCUUGAUGACAUGUUGGAUGAGCUUUGUGGCUCAAAUGUGUUUUCAAACAUUGAUCUUAGAAGUGGCUAUCACUAA